GGAUGGGCUGCAGGAAGCUAUUAGUAGUCUAGCAGCUACUAGUAUCUAUCGUGCCUGAUCGUUCUCUGAGCGUCAUCCUAGUCCAAUCAUCGUCUGCGCAUCUCAUUCAGACCCUUAUCUCUGUCGAGUUCGAGCCAACACUGCCCUGCAGGUCCCGAUAGAAAUCCCCUCUAUCAACGGCUCCCCGCCUCCACUUGCGGGUCAUUAGCAGUCUGGGGGCGACCUAUCUCAUUCCAUCUACCAACUUUCAAUGAUCUGUGCUCAUCGACCUGCGUGAUACUGAACAAUUGGUGUUAUGCCCAUCUACACACUAGCCGCCGCGCCUGUAUAGCUAAUGCGCUCAUCACAAGACCAGGAUCUCUGUGUCCAGCCCUCACUACCCGCGACGUAACCUGCAGGUCACCUCUCGUCUUCAACCCCCGGCGACAUCCAUUCAAAAUCAAAGCGUCAAGUGCUCCCCCCACGUUCGAUAAGCAUGCUCCGCUCUGACCGUACGCUUUAUCCGAACAUUCUUGAGUGGACUUGACAAGCAUGAACGAGGGCUCUGCGGAGAAGAGGCCAGAAUUGGCUAUGGAGUCUUCAACAUUCAAAGGACCUCGAGGAAAGCCGAGUGCGCGGUCCCAGACAAUGAACACAGAUAGCAGUUCUACUUCCAAGAGGCGCUGUGUCAGCACAGCCUGCAUCGCCUGUCGCCGAAGGAAAUCGAAGUGCGAUGGCAAUCUACCCAGUUGUGCAGCCUGCUCCUCUGUAUACCAUACGACCUGCGUUUAUGAUCCGAAUUCCGACCAUCGUCGCAAAGGGGUAUAUAAGAAGGACACUGAUACGCUGCGGACUAAGAAUGCGACUCUACUGACCUUGAUACAAGCCAUACUGAACUAUGAAGAAGAGGAUGCUUUCGACUUAGUCCGACAGAUACGAUCCUGCGACAAUUUAGAAGAUGUAGCACAGUCGAUUAUGGGCCAGGAAAGGAAUUCGACGUCCACUUCCAGGGAUCUAAUACCUAAUGGAGAUUAUGAUCCGGCACAGACAGAUCAAUUCGAGUCGGAAUUAGCGGGAAAGAUGAGUGGCCUUAUGCUGGACGGCUCUCGGAAGUUUAUUGGCGGCACUUCGAACCUCAUCUUCUUGCCGCCUGGGUCGGAGCUUUAUGAGUAUAAUACGGACUUGGAGGGCCAGAGUGUGGGCCAUACACCCGAUCGCUCUAUUACUCAAUGGACGAGAGUCACUGCGGAUAAACAGUUACUUAGCCACCUCAUGACGAUGUACUUCACAUGGCAUUACCCUUUUUUCACAACCCUCUCAAAAGAUCUCUUUUAUCGCGAUUAUAUUCAUGGUGUUUCCGGUCAGUACUGUUCGUCUCUAUUGGUCAAUGCAAUGCUAGCACUCGGCUGCCACUUCAGCUCUUGGGACGGGGCUCGGGAAGACCCUCAGAAUCCGGCAACCGCAGGAGAUCACUUUUUCAAGGAAGCAAAAAGGCUUGUGCUCGAAAAUGAUGAGCAUGCAAAUGCGAAACUUUGCACGGUCCAAGCUCUCGCCCUCAUGUCUGUCAGAGAGGCUGGGUGUGGCCGCGAAGGCAAAGGCUGGGUCUAUAGUGGCAUGAGCUUUCGUAUGGCAUUAGAUUUAGGGCUAAACUUCGACUCAACCAGCCUUGGAGCUCGCAACCUUGAUGAAGAGGAGGUUGACGCACGGCGAAUUACUUUCUGGGGCUGUUUCCUUAUUGACAAAUGCUGGUCCAAUUACCUUGGUCGCCUUCCACAACUAGCAGCUACUAGCGUGAGCGUGCCAAAGAUUGACAUUCUACCGAACGAGGAGGCAGAAUUGUGGUCUCCCUACACUGAUGCUGGGGCCAGCCUUGAAAAUACACAGCCCUCCCGUACCAGAACGGUGGCAUUACAAAUAUGCAAACUGUGUGAGAUCAGUGGUGAUCUACUCGUGUCUUUCUAUGAUCCAACUCCCCGAGAUAAACCCCUCUCGAAACAGGUUGAACUAAAGAGGCUCAGUGAAAUUCACACGAGGCUUGAGGCGUGGAAGAAGGACUUGCCGAAAGAGCUAGAACCAAAAGAAAGGCUACUACCUCAGGCUUUGCUCAUGCAUAUGUUCUACCAACUCCUCUUCAUACACCUUUAUCGCCCUUUCCUGAAGUACACAAAGUCAAACUCACCUCUUCCCCAACACGUCUCUCCCCGUAAGCUGUGCACGCAGGCUGCUUCCGCCAUUUCAAAGCUGCUCCGAAUAUACAAGCGUACCUACGGUUUCAAGCAGAUCUGCAAUGUUGCAGUCUAUAUGGCUCAUACCGCCUGUACCAUCCACCUGCUCAACCUCCCGGAAAAGAACGCUCAAAGAGACGUUAUUCAUUGUCUCCGGCACCUGGAGGAAAUGGGCGAAAGCUGGCUUUGCGCUCGACGGACCCUUAGAAUCCUUGAUAUAUCGGCCAGUAAGUGGCAAGUUGAGCUGCCUCCCGAGGCGGUUAUAGUUUUCGAACAGACGCAUCUGAAAUGGGGUUCAUGGGGUUCAUGGGACCAAGCAGCAUCAUCGCCCUCCACCUCUGAACAGUCUCCAUCUUCCGUUGCAGCUCAACCUCCUGCAACAAUUCCAAACAAUCUACCGUCGCCUGGCCAAUACGCUCCCACACGCGAGACAGGCGAUCCUUCAUUUCCAGGCCCUUCCAAUGCACUUGGAUCUUUAGGCACCCAGUAUGCGACAGGGGUGCCGAUUCCCACAUCUCUGUCGGCCAUGCGAGCAGCUCAGCGGUAUUCAAGUGCACAACUACCACGAACAGACGCCCAAUUACCAGAGCCAACAUACCUGCGGCCUGUGUCACAUGCUUACGGCUCAAUGCAUACUGUUCCGCUCUCUCAGCAUGACUCUUGGUAUGAUCCAAAGGAUGCACAAAACCGAUCACUAGGUACCGGUCAAGAUAUAUCAUCCACAUCAAGCGCAUCUCCAAUGACUGGAUUCGGUACACCGGAGAAUUUAGUUGAAGAAAGUCAAGAUUGGUGGUUUCGGGAUGCGAAUGCGUUUAAUCCAGGGUAUGAGAAUUGGAAAGAAGGCUGGAACUCUGCUAUGACUGGGAUGACGCCCGACUUCCGCUACGUCGGGCAGGCAUCCGGGCCUGACAACACUUCCAGGCCUCAAACAGUCAGGUAUGCUGUGGGAGUCCCUCCUAAUAUAACACAACCGGACGAGAACCCCGCGAUCCCGAGAUACAAUGAGGCAGUUUACCCGAGAAACUACUAGCCUUGACCUCGAUGGCACUUCUACGUACGGCCUGUAUUAUGAUUUACCAUUUGGGAUGUUGGUUAUUUACGAUUUUAAUGAGGGUACGGACUUUCUCUUCGUUUUCUUCAGACUCCCUUCCCGCUUGUUUUCUACAUCUUUAUAAAAAGAAGUGUAUACUGUACAGGCUUCGAACCUCUUUCGUGAAAACCCAUAUUCAGGGUACUAUCAGCCACGAUUUUGUAUAUUUUUGUUUCGAGAUCCUUGCUCCGCGAGUUCUCGC